AUGGACCCGCUACAGCAGCCAGUCCCGGAGGCUCCUGCGGUCGAAGAGCCGCAGCAGCUCCCGGUUGAAGAGUCAGCACAAGAACCAGCAUCAGCGCCAGUCUCCGACUUCCAACCUCAACCUGUUGCUCAGCCUGAACAAAUUGAACAAAUCGAACAAAUUGAACAAGAACAACAACAACCUUUGGAAUCACAUGAACCACCCGUCGAGCAGCCGGCUGCCGUCAGCGUCAAUGUUGAGGAGCCAGUCGCAGAGCGUCCCGCCAGCCGCCCGGCCAUUGAUCACGGCUAUAACAGCGAUUCCAAAGCCCACUAUCAUUCCCGAUCGACCGAUUUCCACAAUGCCGCUCCUGAAUACCACCCCCAAGAUCCCGAACAUGCUUCUCGCCUCAACUCCUCGCCUUCAUUGAACCAGCAGCCUCAACUUCACUCUGCCUCGAGACCCGGCUCUGGUGUUUCUAGUGGCACAGAACGCCCCGGUUUCUCGCAGCCGCAGCCCUCGGAUGCUGCUCAGCGACAGCCAAGUCAGUCUUCGAAGAACAGUGUUGUUAUCAAGGUGGGUAUGGUAGGAGAUGCCCAGAUCGGUAAGACCAGUCUCAUGGUCAAGUAUGUGGAGGGCAGCUGGGACGAAGAUUAUAUUCAGACUCUCGGUGUGAAUUUCAUGGAAAAGACGAUUUCAAUCCGGAAUACCGAGAUCACCUUCUCUAUUUGGGAUCUUGGCGGUCAACGCGAAUUCGUCAACAUGUUGCCGCUGGUCUGCAAUGACGCCGUUGCUAUUCUAUUUAUGUUCGACUUGACCCGCAAGAGCACGUUGAACUCCAUUAAGGAAUGGUAUCGCCAAGGCCGGGGAUUUAACAAGACCGCCAUCCCUUUCUUGGUCGGUACGAAGUAUGACCAUUUCGUGAACUUUCCUCGUGAGGACCAGGAGGAGAUCUCCCUCCAGGCGAAACGUUUUGCAAAAGCGAUGAAGGCAAGCUUGAUCUUCAGCAGUACCAGUCAUAGCAUCAAUGUUCAAAAGAUCUUCAAGAUUGUCCUGGCGAAGGCAUUCGAUCUCAAAUGCACCAUCCCCGAAAUCGAAAAUGUUGGUGAGCCGCUACUCCUGUAUAAGAAUGUUUAA